AUGUUCCGCUCAGCCAUCUCCAACUCUGUCCGCUCUCUGUCCCGCCCUAUCGUUUCCAGGGCCGCCGUCAGGCCAAUUGCUGCCCGUGGCUACCACGAAAAGGUCAUUUCUCACUAUGAAAAGCCUAGAAACGUGGGCUCUCUCCCCAAAAAUGACCACGACGUUGGAACAGGCCUUGUUGGCGCGCCUGCGUGCGGCGAUGUGAUGAAGCUGCAGAUUCGCGUCGACGACGACGGGAUCAUCUCGGACGUCAAGUUCAAGACCUUUGGGUGUGGCAGCGCCAUUGCUGCCAGCUCGUAUAUGACCGAGCGCGUCAUGGGCCUUUCUCUUGACGAUGCUGGCAAAAUCAAGAACACCGAAAUUGCCAAGGAAUUGUGCCUGCCCCCCGUAAAGCUACAUUGCUCAAUGUUGGCUGAGGAUGCCAUCCGUUCGGCCAUUCGGGAUUAUCGCUCGAAGCGUGCUAAACUUGCUGACGGCAAAGCGAAGACGACGCAAGCCGGCUUCAUUGAUGUCUCCCAAAACUCUCCGACGGGCGAAACCAAUGCUACGCAUCAGCAAGCCUGA